ACGAGAUUACGACAUGUUCGUGCAGUGCCUCCGUCGUCAUCGUCGAAUUCGGCCUUGUUGCAGUGCGUGCGUAUUGCGAGACUAGACGCACGUUAUCCAGCAACCAUCAUCUGGCACCAGAAUGUCUCUUUCUGACGCAUCUUCAGACUCUGAAGGUAGCACUCGUCCUCCCGAACCCUUCGAGGGUCACAGCGACACGGUGUUCGUGAUGACGUACUCUCCUGACGGCACUCGAAUCGCCUCGGGCUCAAUGGACUGCACAGUACGAAUCUGGGACUCGCAAACCGGCCUGCAGAUUGGAGAACCUCUGAAAGGCCACAAGGGUAUGGUUAACGCCGCCGCCUUUUCCCCUGAUGGGCAGACGAUUGCCACCGGCUCCUCUGAUAACUCGGUUCGCGUUUGGGAUGCCUUGACACAUGAGCCACUUUUCGAUCCACUCCAAGGCCACACCGACUUGUUGUCCUGGGUAGGCUACUCUCCGGAUGGACAGCGCAUUGCCAGUGUGUCGUACGAUCGGACAGUGCGACUUUGGGACGCAAACUCCGGAGAUUGCGCUGCCAUUCUCGAGCAUCCUGACAAACUUAGCCGCGCCGAUUUCUCUCCCAGCGGCAAGCACCUCGCGACCGCCUGCGACGGCACGCUGUUACGAGUAUGGGAUGUGUCUUUGCAAACCCUCGUUAUACCUCCUUUCAAAGGCCACCAGUCCGGAAUAUGGGUUGUGGCCUAUUCUCCAGAUGGGCGCCUGCUAGCCAGCGGCGGCCGGGAUUGCACUGUUCGUGUAUGGAACGCGGAAACGGGCAACCUACUCAAGAACCCUUUCAAGGGGCACACUCUUGCUGUUUCGGGUCUCGCGUUCACUUUCGACGGACAGGCGCUCAUUAGCGUCUCCCGUGAUAGGAGUGUCCGUGCCUGGGAUCCGAGAACAGGUGACUGCUUGUGGGGUCCGGUAUAUAGCCCCGCGUUUCUCAGGUACAUCUCUGCGUCUCCUACGGACAGUACCAUCGUCUAUGGCAGGGGCUCCAGCAUGUCAUCAUUGGCGUGGUUCCCCGGAGGAAUCCGCUUUGCAACUGCAGCACAUAACGAUACAAUUAGGAUCUGGGGCGCAAAGACGAACAAAGACCCGAUAGAAAGCUACUCUAACCACAGCAUCGGCACGACCUCCCUCGGCAUUUCUCGCGAUGGCACCAUGUUGGCCAGCGGCUCUAAAGACAACUCAAUCUCUCUGUGGAACACGGAAACCAAGAAGCUUGCGAUGGAUCCUCUCGCUGGACAUACAGCGACCGUCACCGCCAUCAGAUUCACACCCGAUUGCUCUCGUCUUGCCAGCGCCAGUAGCGACCGGACCAUACGCACAUGGGACACGCAGACUGGUGGUACACUUCUUGUUAUUGAAGGACACGACGGACCUGUCAACACUCUCAGUAUGUUUUCUGAUGGAUCCAGGCUGGCGAGCGGCUCUCGCGACCACACAGUGCGUAUUUGGGACACCGAGACAGGCUCUCUCGUAGCGGGACCAUACAAGCACGAUGACACUGUGCACUCGGUUUGCUGGUCCCCAGACGGAACGUGCGUUAUCAGCGGCUCGAAAGACAAAUCAGCACGAGUGUGGCGCAUCUCUAGUGGAGAGGAGUUGCUCCGAAUAGAACAUCUUGAUGCCGUCCGCUGCGUGGAGUAUGCACCUAAUGGGCGAACGUUCUUGACCGCGUCAAAUAGCAAGACUGUGGCCAUCUGGAGUGCGCCUACUGGCCAGCUGAUAUGGUCUCUUGAACAUGAGAGUGCCGUACUUGUAGCUGCGUUCUCGCUGGAUGGAUCACGGAUUGCGAGCGGGACAGGUGAUGGAUGCAUCAGAGUUUGGGAUACGGUGAAAGGAAAGGUGCUUUUGGGACAGGGAUCGGAGAAUAACGACGGAGACCACGAAUCUGUCCAUGAAGUCAAAGGAGAAGUAUACCGGGAGCGGAAAGUUCACGCAGCUGACGAAAGCUUUAUGAACCUUCCGGCGACGAUUCGAAGACAAGGGCCUGCCUACGGGAGCGCACGUCAGCCGGGCGCUCAGCAUGAUUAUCCUUCCGACCACCGCCAAGCUACACAAUCACAUUCCUUCUCGGCACAUAAAGGUCGCGGCCCAGUGUUUAUCGUCAAGAAGCUCUUUGGAUUGACCAGUGACCAACGCUUGCAUAACAGCGAAGGAUCGGGAGGUAGUACCUUUAAGAGUGCAGCCAUUUUCAGAUUACGUCGUAUUAAAUCAGUUUCUGUUGCCCGGGCCAAGGAGCGCCUUGCCGGUGCCCCUGAACGGCGGAGAAGGCAUAACAAUGAUGAAGACACAGAAUCGGAGAGGGAGGGUGGAGGGAGCGCGGAUGCUACUUCUGCUCCUGAACGUACUCCCUCCCAUCUUCCAAACGAUAUGCAAUCCACCGACCAAGUCAACCAGUGUUCAUGCGUGCCAUGGUAAAUGAUGAUGCCGAGUGGAUUAGUGGUACGCUGGUAUUCCAUGACAUUCACCUUACGAUAGCGAUGCCUACAAUGUACUCUCG